CUUUACAGUGAUGCUACAGGACAAGGAGGGAUGGACAGGAACAUCGGUGAGCAACUCAAUAGAGCGUAUGAAGCCUUCCGACAGGCCUGCAUGGACAGAGACUCGGCAAUAAGAGAGCUCCAGCAAAAGACUGAGAACUAUGAACAAAGAAUACGCGAGCAACAAGAACAGCUGUCAUUCCAACAAACUCUUAUUGACAAGCUAAGAUCACAGCUGCUUCUUGUGGAUUCUACUAGAGAUAACAGUUAUGGCUAUGUACCUUUGCUUGAAGACAGGGAAAGAAAGAAGAAUAAUUUGACCCUUGAUGAACCACAUGAUAAAGUGAAACUAGGAACACUGAGAGAUAAGCAAUCAAAGGGGAGAAGACAAGAAGUUUCUUCUGGAAGAGAAACCUCAAAGGACCUCAGUGCCCCUUUACAUCAUGAAAGGGAUAAUAUAGAAAAGACUUUCUGGGACCUUAAAGAAGAAUUUCACAGGAUAUGCUUGCUAGCAAAAGCACAGAAAGACCACUUAAGCAAGCUUAAUAUACCAGAUAUUGCUACUGAUACACAGUGUUCUGUGCCUAUACAGUGUACUGAUAAAACAGAUAAACAAGAAGAGCUGUUUAAGCCCCAGGCUAAAGAUGAUAUAAAUAGAGGUGUGCCGUGCAUCACAUCUGUUACACCAAGAGGCCUGGGCCGAGAGGAGGAAGAUACUUCUUUUGAAUCACUUUCUAAGUUCAAUGUCAAGUUUCCACCUAUGGACAACGACUCUACUUUUCUACAUAGCACUCCAGAGACGCCAGACAUCCUCACUCCUACCACACCUGAGGCAGUGUGCCAGGACAAAUUUAAUAUGGAAGUCAGAGACAACCCAGGAAAUUUUGUUAAAACAGAGGAAACUUUAUUUGAAAUUCAGAGAAUUGACCCUAUAACUUCAGCUAUACAAAAACUAAAAACAACUGACAAAACAAAACCCUCAAAUCUUAGAGCUCCAUGUUUGCCAGCUGGAGACCAUAAUGUGUUCUAUGUAAAUACAUUCCCACUUCAAGACCCACCCGAUGCACCUUGUCCCUCCCUGGACUCCCCAGGAAAAGCUGUCCGAGGACCGCAGCAGCCUUUUUGGAAGCCUUUUCUUAACCAAGAUACUGACUUAGUGGUAUUAAGUGGUUCAGACUCGGAGCUUCUUAAACCUCAAGUGUGUGAAUUCUGUCAAGAGCUUUUCCCACCAUCCAUCACAUCCAGAGGGGAUUUCCUUCGCCAUCUUAAUACACAUUUUAAUGGGGAGACUUAAAUCACAUUGAAAA